AUGCCGGGUCUAAUUUGUAGAUUUUAUCAGCACAAAUUUCCUGAGGUGGAAGAUGUGGUGAUGGUGAAGGUAAGGUCCAUUGCUGAAAUGGGAGCUUAUGUCAGCUUGCUGGAAUACAACAACAUCGAAAGCAUGAUUCUUCUGAGUGAGUUGUCCAGAAGGCGUAUCCAUUCUAUAAACAAACUCAUCCAAAUUGGCAGGAAUGAAUGUGUGGUUGUCAUUAGAGAGGACAAAGAAAAAGGAUGUAUUGAUUUUUCAAAAAGAAGAGUUUCUCAGGAAGCAAUCAAAUGUGAAGAUAAAUUUACCAAAUCCAAAACUGUUUACAGCAUUCUUCGUCAUGUUGCUGAGGUCUUAGAAUACACCAGGGACGAACAGCUGGAAAGCCUGUUCCAGAGGACUGCUUGGGUCUUCGAUGACAAGUACAAGAGACCCGGAUACGGUGCCUAUGAUGCAUUUAAGCAUGCAGUCUCAGAGCCAUCUAUUUUGGAUAGCUUAGAUUUGAAUGAAGAUGAACGGGAAGUACUCAUUAACAAUAUUAAUAGGCGUUUAACCCCACAAGCUGUCAAAAUUCGAGCAGACAGUGAAGUGGCUUGUUAUGGUUAUGAAGGCAUCAAUGCCGUAAAAGCAGCCCUGAGAGCAGGUUUGAAUUGUUCUACAGAAACCAUGCUCAAGAUUAAUCUAAUAGCUCCUCCUCGGUAUGUAAUGACUACAACCACCCUGGAGAGAACAGAAGGCCUCUCUGUCCUCAACCAAGCUAUGGCUGUCAUAAAAGAAAAGAUUGAGGAAAAGAGGGGCGUCUUCAGUGUUCAAAUGGAGCCCAAAGUAGUCACAGAUACAGAUGAGACUGAACUUGCAAGGCAGCUGGAGAGGCUUGAGAGAGAAAAUGCAGAAGUGGAUGGAAAUUAUAAUGUGGAAGAAACGGAAGCCAAAGCCGAAGAUUAA